AUGGUCAACUUCACCGUUGAUGAGGUCCGUGCCCUCAUGGACUACCCCGAACAGAUCCGUAAUAUGUCCGUGAUCGCGCACGUCGACCACGGCAAGUCCACUCUGUCCGACUCGCUUGUCGGUGCCGCUGGUAUCAUUAAGAUGGAGGACGCCGGUGACAAACGUAUCAUGGACACUCGUGCGGACGAAAUUGCCCGUGGUAUCACAAUCAAGUCGACUGCCAUCUCGAUGCAUUACCAUGUACCUCCCGAGAUUAUCAGUGACCUUCCCGAUGACCGCCGUGACUUCUUGAUCAAUCUUAUUGACUCACCCGGGCACGUUGAUUUCAGUUCCGAGGUUACUGCUGCACUCCGUGUGACCGAUGGUGCCCUAGUGGUCGUUGAUUGUGUGGAGGGUGUGUGCGUGCAAACGGAAACGGUGCUUCGCCAGGCUCUGACUGAGCGUAUUCGCCCCGUAGUCUUCAUCAACAAGGUGGAUCGUGCUAUUCUGGAGCUACAGCUGGACCCCGAAGAGGCAUACCAGGGCUUCGUGAAGACACUGCAAAACGUGAACGUUGUGAUCGCCACCUACAAUGACCCCGUCAUGGGUGACGUGCAGGUGUACCCCGAGAAGGGUACAGUCGCCAUUGGUUCCGGCCUGCAGGCUUGGGCCUUCUCUGUCACCCGCUUUGCGAAGAUGUACGCAUCCAAGUUCGGUGUUGAUGAGUCCAAGAUGUGUGAGCGACUAUGGGGUGAUAACUUCUUUGACGCGAAGAACAAGAAAUGGAUCAAGAGUGAGACAAACGCCGCAGGUGAGCGUGUACGUCGCGCGUUCUGCCAGUUCUGCUUGGACCCCAUCUACCAGAUCUUCGAUGCAGUAAUGACAGAGAAGGCUGAGAAGGUGGAGAAGAUGCUCAAGUCACUCAACAUUAACCUGACAACCGAGGAGCGCGAGCAGGUUCCCAAGAAGUUACUGAAAUCUAUCAUGAUGAAGUUCCUUCCUGCUGCCGAGACACUGCUGCAGAUGAUCGUAGCGCACCUGCCUUCACCCAAGAAGGCACAGAGCUACCGUGCUGAGAUGCUCUACUCCGGUGAGUCUAACCCAGAUGAGAAAUACUACAUGGGUAUCAAGAACUGCGACCCGAAUGCACCGCUGAUGCUGUACAUUAGCAAGAUGGUACCGACCGCCGAUCGUGGCCGCUUCUUUGCGUUCGGUCGUAUCUUCUCUGGUAAGGUUCGAUGCGGUCAGAAGGUGCGUAUCAUGGGUAACAACUACAUCCAUGGUAAGAAGCAAGAUCUGUACGAGGACAAGCCGGUGCAGCGUACGGUGCUGAUGAUGGGUCGCUACCAGGAGGCCGUGGAGGACAUGCCGUGCGGUAACGUUGUUGGUCUCGUGGGAGUGGACAAGUACAUUGUGAAGUCUGCCACCAUCACUGACGAUGGUGAAUCCCCGCACCCGCUUCGUGACAUGAAAUACUCCGUCUCACCUGUCGUCCGUGUUGCUGUGGAGGCCAAGAACCCGUCGGACCUUCCCAAGUUGGUGGAAGGGCUGAAGCGCCUUGCAAAAUCCGAUCCCCUUGUUGUGUGUUCGAUUGAGGAAAGCGGUGAGCACAUUGUUGCUGGUGCUGGUGAGCUGCACUUGGAGAUUUGCCUCAAGGAUCUUCAGGAAGAUUUUAUGAACGGCGCACCGCUAAAGAUCUCAGAACCUGUGGUGUCGUUCCGUGAAACUGUGACGGAUGUGUCGUCGAUACAAUGUCUCUCCAAGUCUGCUAACAAACACAAUCGUCUAUUCUGCCGCGGCGCGCCGCUGACGGAGGAGCUGUGCGUUGAGAUUGAGGAUGGCGCAAAUGCCGGCUCCGAGGCGGACCCCAAGACUCGUGCCCGCUUCCUUGCGGACAAGUUCGAAUGGGAUGUGGCUGAGGCGCGUAAGAUCUGGUGCUACGGUCCCGACAAUCGCGGACCCAACGUGGUUGUGGACGUGACGAAGGGUGUGCAGAACAUGAUGGAAAUGAAAGAUUCGUUCGUUGCGGCCUGGCAAUGGGCGACACGUGAGGGUGUGCUCUGUGACGAGAACAUGCGUGGUGUGAGGAUCAACGUGGAGGACGUGACGAUGCACGCUGAUGCCAUCCAUCGUGGUGGCGGUCAGAUCAUCCCCACUGCCCGCCGUGUGUUCUAUGCCUGCUGCCUGACUGCUACGCCGCGGUUGAUGGAGCCGAUGUUCCAGGUUGACAUUCAGACUGUGGAGCACGCCAUGGGAGGCAUCUACGGUGUACUGACACGCCGCCGUGGUGUGAUUAUCGGCGAGGAGAACCGCCCAGGCACACCCAUCUACAACGUUCGUGCAUACCUCCCAGUCGCCGAGUCGUUCGGUUUCACCGCUGACCUUCGUGCCGGAACCGGAGGCCAGGCAUUCCCGCAGUGUGUGUUUGACCACUGGCAGCAGUACCCUGGUGACCCGCUUGACCCCAAGUCACAGGCAAACACUCUGGUGCUGAGCAUUCGCCAACGCAAGGGCCUCAAACCAGACAUUCCGGGCCUCGACACCUUCCUGGACAAGCUAUAG